GGAAGAUCCAAUCUGGGACAUUAUCCAAGCAUGCAAAGGACUACAGAAGUCUUUAGCAGAAUUUUGGGACUGACUAAUCCAGUGUCUAUUUCUCUUGAUCACUGAAAGCUUCCUCUCAGGAUGAGCGCCAACACCACCACCCUGAUUCCUGAAGAUGUCAAGCCCCUGCUGGUUCUUCCUCUGGCGUUGGUCAUCUUCUUGACGGUGAUUGGAAACCUGCUGGUCAUCCUGGCGAUCGCCCGCACCCCUCUCCUCCACACCACCACCAAUGUCUUCAUCAUCUCUAUGGCAUUCGCUGAUCUCAUUAUGGGCUGUGUGGUCCAGCCUUUAGGACUCAGUAUGGUGGUGGCUGGGAAAUGGGUUUUGGGGAACCCUAUGUGUGACCUGUGGACGUCUUUAGACGUGUUCUGCGUCACCGCUAGCAUUGAGACAUUGUGCGCUAUCGCUGUUGAGCGAUACAUUGCGAUUACCAGACCUCUGGAGCAUCAGGUACUGUUGGGAAAACGCAGAGCCGCCUACAUCGUAUGCACAGUGUGGAUCGUGUCAUCCUUAGUUUCCUUCGUGCCAAUAAUGAACCAUAAUUCUCGUGCAAAUUAUUUAGCAGCAAACGACUGCUACAACAACUCGGAGUGCUGCGAUUUCCAUACUAACCAGCACUACGCCAUCUUCUCCUCUGUGGUUUCCUUCUAUGUGCCUCUUCUUGUUAUGGUGUUUCUGUACGGGAAGGUGUUUGCCAUUGCAAACAAGCAGUUGAAACUCAUCGGUAAGGACAGACUUCGUUUUCUGAGCUCUUGCAAUGAAGACUCUUGUGAAAUUCCUGAAGGUUCGGCUCGAAGUUACAGUCGGAGAACAACAAAGCAUGUCGUGAAAGAACACAAGGCGCUCAAGACUCUAGGGAUUAUCAUGGGCAUCUUCAGUCUCUGUUGGCUGCCCUUCUUCAUCUUCAAUAUCAUCAAAAGUUUUAAUCCUGAAGUGCCAACACAGCUUGUGUUUCUCUUGUUGAACUGGCUGGGCUACGCCAACUCAGGCCUGAACCCAAUCAUCUACUGCCACAGUCCUGAGUACCGCAACGCUUUCUUUAAUCUCUUAGGGUGCAAAAAACCCAAGCAUUUUAACCAAACCACCGUGAACAAACAUCUACAAAGCUUCACCUCGUGCAUCCAGAGCAACAGUUCGGUAAGAAUGGAUUGCAUGGGUCACAAAGAUCCAAUUGCACGGGGCGGGAACACUUGCUCUGACAUGAGCUCAGUUUUAAAAGGAGAAGAGGUAGAAAUACAGCCUCACAAUGACUCGACAAUGACGAUGAUCAAUCUAGCAGAGAUGUUGAAGGUAAGAGGGAACAAAUCACAACUGUUAAAUAGUAAAACUGUUUAAGAUAGUAAGGUAUGAUGGGGUGAUUGCUCACCUAAGUGUUUGGAGUGUCGUCUUUGUGGGUGGAAAACAGAUUAACAUUGAAACAAACGAGAAGCAGCAUUCAGAAAUCUUUGAAAACCACAUAUCUGGCCAGCUUAUGGGUUUUGAAGCAGCUCUCAAAUGGUCUUUUAACAUCUUUGAUGCACAUUUACUAAUUUAACAACUAUUGUUGAUGUUAAAGAUUCUAAAUUACAUGAUUCCAUACUUAUUACUUUCAUACAUUUGGCAUGUCCAAUAUCACGGUACUAAAGCCAACCUGACAUAUUGUCAAUAUUAAUGAGCAACAUUUCACAACAAUUACUGGUCAAUUGAAACAAUUAUUUCAGAAAUUUUUCCCAGGACCACAGUUUGAAAAUCUACAACUCAAGGGUAACAAUAUUUAAAGGGCACCUAUGAGGUAAAUCAUCUUCUGUAAGCUGUUUGGACAGAACUGUGUGUAGGAAUAGUAGAGGUGUGAAACUACUGUAUACUGCUCUCACGGUUCGGUUAUCACGGAUGGCGAUUAUCAUGCCAUCGAUUCGGUUCAAUUCGAUAUCUCGGUGCAUCACGG